AUGCGCAAGUCGGACGAGGACUUCAUGAGGCAUGCGGAUAAGAUAUUGCGCGUGGGGAAUCGGGCGGUUGAGGCGUGGAUGGAGGGCGUGGGGCAGUUGGGGAAGAGGAGGAGGGACGCGGAGAGGUGGGAGAGGAGGCAUGGGGAGGAGAUGGAGAGGGAGCAGGAGAGGGUUUGGGGGGAGGUUAAGAGGGAGGGAAAGGGGGAGAGGUUUGAUGGGAAGAAGGCGCUGGAGGGAGUGGGGAAGGAGAAGCUGAUUGAGGUGGCGAUGGAGAUGUGGAGGGAGAAGGAUGAGGAGAUGGCUAAGGCGAAAGGGGAUGAGGAUGAGGGAAGUAUUGAUGGGGAUGUGGAGGAGAGCGUGGAGAGAAGUGAGAGGAAGAGCGAGGCUAGCAAGAAGGAGGUGGAGAAAGCAGAGGGAAAAGAGUGA